AUGGGUUUCUCCGACGAAGAACAGCGUCUUCUCAACCCGCCGAAGUUAAAUCUCGACGGCGAUGAGGAGAGCUCGGCGGCGACGAGGGCGACGGCGGUGGUCGGAGCGGCUCCGAAGGAUCAGUUCUACAUUGCCCACAUAAUCUACUUCAUUCUUGGAAUGGGCUAUCUCCUUCCAUGGAAUGCCUUUAUCACCGCCGUUGAUUACUUCAGCUAUCUAUAUCCAGGAACGCCCGUCAAUCGCGUCUUCUCGGUUGCUUAUAAGCUCUUCUGUCUUCUCCCUCUCAUCUUUAUAAUCGGCUGGGCGCAUCUUUCGUCGGCCACUGUUCGGAUCAACGCUGGUUUGGUCAUCUUCACCGUCUCGCUUGUCGUUGUUCCCGUUCUCGAUGCCUUCUAUGUUCAAACAACGAGGGGGGUUUAUAGCGCCUAUGAUGUAACCGUCGCUGCUGUGAUUCUUUCUGGAAUUGGGAGUGCGCUCGUACAGGGAGGUGUUAUCGGAUCCGCUGGAGAGCUUCCCGAAAUCUACAUGCAGGCCGUUGUUUCCGGAGCUGCGGCUUCAGGUUAUGAUUUGACCUCAGCCCCCUUUGAAUCUUUCAAGCAACGGUUUCUUUUGUUUUCUUAA